GAACGUACACGUGCAACCGUAUUGUGAGAUAUGCACAUUUUUUGAUGGUCAACGACCGGUCACGCCACGUCGAUCUUUCAAAACGAAUAGUUUUGCAUUCGUUGCUCAAAGACAGCAAAUACUUGAAAAAUAUAGCGCGAUGUUGUAUUUUUAACAACGAUUCUCAGUAGUUUCAUAUAAUUAACAGUCAUGAAGUCUUUAUUAAUUAAUACUUAGAAGUAUCUAACUUCCAUUACAAAGAUCUCAAAUGUCAUCCAGUCUGCAGGGAUUUGAUAUUGUAUUGUAUGUACAUACGUAAGGAUGUGAUAUUGGAGUGGCAUUUGAUUUGUCGCGGGAUUCCGCGGUGAGAUGGAGCUGGGUUGUCGUUGUAGCCGAGUCUUAAUACAUCCAAUAGACCGAUCGGACUUUAAAACGAAGCUGCUGCUUGGAUUUCUUAUCUAUGCGCAUAAGUGCGACUAAGUUAUCUGUAAACCCAUUGUUGGAGGGAAACAUUAUUUGAAUAAAAAAGGGAUACAAUUUACAGAGAUUGAGGCAAUUAGUCAAUUCUAACAAAGAAAUAUUUCAUAUUUUUUAGUAAAAUUUCUUGUUAGUUGAAACAAAAAUUGGAUGAACUAAAAUUUGAAUAUGCGAAAAUUACACGCUUCUUUUGAAGUGACGUAAAGAAGCCAAAUGGCACAAAGUCAACUUACUGAUACCUUAAAGAUAUCUGAAUAACGUUACCGGUAGAUUUUAGGUAUUACAAAAGUCAUCUUUUAUAUCAUAAAACUAAUACCUAAUGUCCUUCCCCAAAAAUAGCUUUUUACAUAUUCCAAAAAGAUUUGUCAAUCCUUUGACAACUUUUUUUGUCAACCCAAAGUGUGAUUUGUUAUGACGGUCAUUUAUAAUGAAAUUUCAAUAACUUUUCUAAUAUGCUAUUUUAUCGACAUUAUUUUGGCAUAUUUUUGAUAGUUCUAAAGUUUACUUGUAGAACGCAAGCUAACGAUAUCAAGAAGGAAGAUGCGCCACUUGGGAAGAUGUUAUGGUUCUACGAGUCUACGACAAUGAGUUCCACAUUAUCAUGUUUCGUUCCCUCGUCGCAUUGUUUUCCACAGCAGCUGGGGAAUUUCCAUUAGACAGAUCUCGAAAUCCCCUCUGGUGUGACGUCGGUGAAUAGAAGCCAAGGAAGGAGAGUAACUCUAGUCAAAAUCACCGAAACUCCAGGCUCGCUCUUCAGUGCGAGAAUAUCCUUGCGAGAGGAAGCAUCGGUGUCGCGUUAACGUUUGCUUUCUUCACGCUCGCUUUGGCAUUUAAAAAGAAGCGAAGAGAGAGAGAAAGAGAAGAAGUUUUUUUCAAGUGAUCUGAGAAUAUUGAAAAAGGAUCUGGAAUGGAUACGGAGCAUUUAGAAGUAAAGAAAAACUAGUGAUAACGGCAUUACUCAACGGUAACUCUAAGAUCCUUCUAAAGAGAGUAUAGGCCGAAGAAUGUGAUAUAUGAUAGUCUUUCAUGAAUCAGCUGUUUAUCAGGUGAUUAAUAUUAAAAAGAUUGAACGAAGCCACGAAAAUUUAUGAGUUGUCUACAGCGUCACACAUUACUUCGUUUAUUGUCAACAAUGAAAAAUGUAAUCUCUUCGUCAUAAGAAGCCGUAUUAAAUUCAACUCAGGGAAUACAAUUACCUAAGGGCCGCAGGCAAUUAUAUUUUUUAACUAAUUAUAUUAUCGUUCCUAUCGUGUUAUGAUAAAAGAACGAUCGUCGUAAGGAGUUAGCAUUGUUCCUGAACUUCAUUUAUUCUUUACGCGGACAUGAAGAUGUUGCUACGCUUCUCAGGAUUUACCGGGCACAAAGAGUUCUCGAAAAUGGUAGAAAAACCAACUUUGAAAAGAGUCUUGAAGAACUUUACAUCAAUGUCGUCGAUACAUUCGAAAGCAAGAAUGGAAAACCCAUGCGAGACUGUCGUGGAUUCAGGAGCUUUGAGAGAAAUGCCUGAACCUAAAGGACUUCCGGUUCUCGGGACUAUUGUAGAUCUGAUCAUUUCCGGUGGAGCUGCAAAACUGCACCUAUAUAACGACAAAAGACAUGCAGAACUGGGCCCAAUCUAUAGAGAACGUAUCGGUUCCGUUAAGGCUGUGUUCAUAAAUUCUCCAGACGAAUUUCGCCGGGUCUUCCGCCUAGAAGGACCUAAACCGAUCCACUUUUUACCUGAAGCCUGGACACUGUAUAAUGAGAUCCGAAAGUGUAAACGCGGUCUAUUCUUUAUGGAUGGAGACGAAUGGCUGUACUUCCGCAGAAUAGCAAACAAACUUCUCUUGAGACCGAAAUCCGAGGAAUUUAUGUCAAGACCAUGUCAGAAUGCUGCGGAUAGUCUUGCCAGCAGAUGGGAAAUUUAUAGUGAAAAUGGAAAAUUGAUCCCGGAAUUGGAAGCGCAGCUUUAUCAAUGGUCAAUUGAAGUGAUGCUGGCAACCCUUAUGGGAAGAAAUAAGUGGGAGGAGUAUGGUCCAAAUAUUAUGAGGAAGAGUGAAAAUCUGGCGAAGAAUUUACAUAUGAUAUUUGAGUACUCAGCAACGUUAUCAUUGAUCCCAGCGAAACUUGCCAUGAGAAUUAAACUUCCGAUAUGGAAGAAAUUCGUGGGAUCCAUAGACGAAGUCAUGGAGAUUGUAAGGAUCUUGGUUCCUGAGAUUAUUCGACUCGAUGGAGACGGUCUUACUACAAUGAUAUUGGACGAAGGAGUUCAGGGUGAAGAUCUCGUGCGAAUUGUGGCAGACUUGAUUUUGGCUGCUGGUGAUACGACGGCCUAUUCCAUGCAGUGGGCACUAUUCCUCCUAGCUAGUCACCCAGAUGUACAAGAGAGACUGUACGAAAGCAUAAAAUCUCUGGACCAGGAUGAGAUACCAAAAGAUCCAUUUCUAAAGGGUGUCAUAAAAGAAUCUCUCAGGCUGUACCCCACUGCUCCAUUCCUCACUAGAUUUUUACCAGAAGAUAACAUCAUUGGCGGUUAUCGCGUAGCUAAAGGGGAACUUCUGCUGCUUUCGCUCUACUCCAGUGGACGCAACGAUGCCAAUUUUCCAGAAGCCAAUGAAUUCCGCCCGGAAAGAUGGAUUAGAACGUCUACAGGAGAAUACAAAGGGGUCAUUAAUCCUCAUGCUACUUUACCAUUUGCACUUGGUGCAAGAUCCUGCGUUGGACGAAAGCUAGCUGAAUAUCAAAUAUCUCUAACAUUGGCGAAGAUUGUUAAAACUUUUCGUAUGGAUUGUACGAACAAGGACAGUGUCGAGAUGAUCUUGCAUCUUGUUCCUGUGCCUUCAGAACCAAUCCAGUUGUUGCUUACAAAGAGAAGUUGGCCGUGAAAAGAGAUAAGGAUCGUCACGAUCUAUUUACGUAUAUUCACGGACAUAAAUUCUACAUUGCGAGUGUUCAUCGUUAAAAUAUCAAAUACUAUUAAUUUCAUCCUUGACUCGAUUAAAGUAUUUAAUUGGAAAUCUUAUGCAUUUACAGUGCUAUUAUGCAAUCAAGAACCAUUAUCUGAGGGACAAUAACCUACGUGUUAUGUACAUACAAUGAAAUCGAAACAUUAAAGAUAACAUUGAAAGCGUA